GUUAUUUGGACGCUUUAUGAUAAGUCUCAAUAGCCUUUGCAACCUUGAACCUUCCUUGGAAUCCUGUUUGACUCUGAGGUUAAGAACAUCCAAAGACUAAAGUUAUCGUUGCCACUUGUAUUAUUUCACCCGAACAUUAGCCAUUGACAAGUAUGUGCUGUAUAGCGAAAGUCACUGAGCAACCCACCAGCCAGAAAGGGCAAAGACAAAUCUAUCUACAGCUUCACCCCUAGAAUGCAUGCAAAUUGACUUGGCAACGAUCAGAACAUUUGAGGGAUAUCCUGGCGGGUCUCUGAGGCUGAAAUAUAACUCACUGACAUAUUGGGAACCUAGUCCAACCAAAUCAGACACAGCCUCCCAACACACGCAAGCAACAACAAGUCCACCCAACAUCUGUGAAUGGCUGAUGGCUGAUGGCUGAUGGCCGGCCCAUGGACACGACCCUCUUGACACUCCUUUGACUCCGCACCCUCUGCAAUGUAGAGGGGCCGUCUAGCCAGAUCACUGACUCUUCUCCACCACAUAAUCGCCAUAUGUAUGUCUGUGAAUGAAGCCAACGACCACAUUCGGCAGAAACGAUCGCUUGAUACAAGAACACACCAAAACACAAUAAUCUUCUAGCACGCAGCCAGAAAGAUAUUGUUGACGAGCUCUCUUUUGAUUUUUUUCAAAUUUAUACUACGAGUAUCACCAACAGCCACCACCAUCAAGUAUCAACUUGCUCCAGGGCCCUAUCCCUUUGAGCAAGACCUCACUCUGCUCGUCUCCUUAUCAUUCCCUCGGCCAUGUCUCCUCUUGGCUUCGUCGAAGCCAGCUCACUCUCUGAUAUUACAGAACUGGCUUCCAACCCCCCAAAGUACCCCAGAAACCCAACAGAGCAGAAACGAGAACCCCUAACCCUCUAUCUUGCGCGGGUACCUGGUACGCGAGGUAGGUCACGUUUAUUUACACAACAUUUUUCUCCACAGGUACUGAAUGUGUUUCCAGAUAUUAUCCUUUCAACACUCAAGCCGCAACUCAAAAACGUCACUGCUCAUGAUGUUGCGAGCUCAUUAUACUAUCUUCACCUAAACUCGGAAGACGAUUUGAAACUACGGGAGGAAGAAGAAGCAAAUAUAACAGAGCAUGAGGACAAUCGUCGACCUAGCGUGGACACAAUUAAAUCAUUGACACGAAAGCCCCUUCCAGAAUCAGCACGAGCUUCGCUUGACAUACCGCGUCAAGUGGAAAACUCAGCAGGAACUUCCGGGUUAUAUUCAACACAGCUUCUCGGUAAAAGUCCGAGCCUGCGGUCUAUUUCAAGAAAACCCUUGGCACCACGCUCGCCUGUUACCUCACCUGUUACAGGCUCCUUUCCUGGAAGCAAACCGUUACCCGGAAUCGAAAAUGAAGCUCAGCGACCGCUACAAGAGGGAACCAGCAUUCCGAGAGCGAGCACCGAGACAACGAGAGGCUCUACACCCGAACCAUUUGGAUAUAAUUAUGACAAACCGUUGUCAAAAUUCUCAAAUUCAUUUUCAAUAACAAUCAUCCGGCGGGAUCCGAUUUCUGGUGCUCAAUGGAAUAUAGGCACUGUCUCUGGCAAUCCCACUACUGAUGCUGGCCGCAAUGAAAAUGGAACAGCAUCACCACAGAAAUCUAAGAAGCCUUAUUUUGACAUGUCAGUCCACCUUACAGCGCCUGGUUAUACGAAGUUCCGAAACGCCCCCUUAGCCAAUCAUCUUGCAGGCAACCAUUCACAAAAUCAUGAAAGCCAUCAAGGAGCAUCUAUUGCCUCGAGCUUUGAUCGUAAAAUUACUAUGGAAGGGUCCAGCUUUUGGCAUUCGAGACAACAUAAGAAAAAUGGCUCCGAAGGCGUUGCCGCACACGGUAGAGAUUACGGUAGCAGUUCCACUGAUAAUGACAAUGAAGGGGAAACAUUAUCUCCAGAAAGGUCAUCAACCAAAGGAUACAUUUUCAUCAGUCCUUGGGGAGGACGUUGCAAGUUUUCCACGGGUGGAGGAGGAAGAUCCUUGAAAUGCAAGCAUACCUUACCGAAAACUACACACAGUGCCUCGGACUCGAUGGCCGCACCACAAGCUUCUGCGGCUGUGAGUGAGCUACGCUUCAAUCUACCUUCAUCCGACAUAUUCGCUUCUUUUACACAAAAUUUGAAAGAUGGCGCAAAUCCUAAACACCCCAAACACUUUUCAAUACCGAAAUUUGGCCAUACUCGAAAUAAGUCCUCUUCUGAUACUUCGGGGGUCGGUGCUUCGUAUGGUUCACAGUCAGCCUCUGCAUCAAGUCCGAACGACGCAGAAAAUCGUCCACCUUUACCACCUCGACCAAACUACUCGUCCCACGCAGCCGAUCUGAGUGAUGACGAGUAUGAUGAUAGGUUAGGCAUCAGUCUCGGUCAAGAAAAAGCCGGAGGUGGCAAUCGAGGGAAACGGGCAAAACUCGGGAAGCUCAUUGUAUAUGAUGAAGGAUUUAAGAUGUUAGAUCUUGUUGUCGCCUCGAAUAUGGGAAUUUGGUGGAGUGUUUGGGAAUCUGAUUUCAGAUGAGAAUUCCAAUGAGAUUUCAUGCAUCUGAUUGUUUCGUACCAUUCAGAUCCUCGCAUACGAUAGCAUAUCUACACAAUCUUACGAGUCACGAUUCAUUGUCAUAUUGUUGAAGCGACCCACUUAAGAAGGCCUUAAGACAUGUCAGUUGCUAUUUUGUACUGGUAUCUUUCAGUUUUUCCACUUUGUUAAGCGAGUUUUUCACACCGAGACAAUUUGAUGUUUCCCAAGAUAUUAGAUCAAGAUCUAGAUUUUUUUCCUGCAAAUGUUGCAUAACAUACGUAUGUUCAUUUUGUGUUCAAUAGUGUAGUACGUGUAACAAAUCCUGAUUUCUCCCUUUCACGCGUUCAUAUCGGCCGUUUGUUACAAUACCGGGUUCGUCUACCUUACAUAGCCUCAGGUCCACGUUGUAGCCUUCUGUGGCGGUGGGGAUCAGGAAUUCCCUCGUCGCCGAUCAAUACUCGAAGGGCUCUGCCUCGCAUCCAGGCAUGGUCAAAUGGGGACUUGAAAUUUUUGGCAUCCCGAUAGCAUUGUAACUUGGAACACGAUAUUGUUGAUCUUUGUGAUCGAGUGUCGGCGUGUGGUAGCCCGGAGAAUUUUGACGUAUAUCAGGUGAUGUUUAUAUCGUCGUAGUUGUUUUUUUGAUGGGCGCGUGUUGCUAACCAGCUGAAAGUUUUCCUCCGAAG